UUUGGAUCCGUUGGUAUAUGCGGUAUGAACACUUCCAGGGAUGACCUGGGCUGAUCUGUGCUUUAAAAAUAGUUUUACUAAAAGCGACCGGAUCUGCUACAUUGAGUUGAAUUUAAAGAAGACACUUGGAAAAGAAGAACGUUAUCCGCGUCAGAAGGUCGGAACUGCCAGUAAAAAGAAGUUCAGUCAUAAGAACCAAAGAUGCUGAAGGAAGCGCAGGAUCACGCGAACCGGCCCGACAACACUGCCUUCACGCAGCAGAGGCUUCCGGCAUGGCAGCCCAUGCUCUCAGCUGGCAUUGUCAUCCCGGGAUUUGUCCUCAUCGGCCUGGCAUUCAUCGGCAUUGGCGUCGCCCUCUUUGUCACUUCAAAGAGCAUUCAGGAGUUGGAGAUUGACUACACUGGAUUUGAAAAAGACUCUGCAUGCUACAAGUGCUCCGACCAGAAGCCAGUGACGUGUCUGUGCCAGCUGAACUUCACCGUUGAAAGUUUAUUAAAGGGUCCUGUGUUCUUUUAUUAUGGCUUGUCAAACUACUUCCAGAACUACCGAAGGUACACUGUGUCCAAAGAUGAUGAUCAAUUGUAUGGAAACCUGGACAACUUUAAAAGUCCCAGUUCCACAUGUUCACCCUAUGAGUAUAACCGCACUAAUGUACCAAUCGUACCAUGUGGAUCAAUCGCAAACAGCAAGUUCAAUGAUACCUUUAAGCUGUAUCAGAAAGUCAAUGCGACAAUGAAGCCGGUGCCCUUCGAUGGCAAAGGGAUCGCUUGGUGGACAGACUACAACAUCAAAUACAGAAACCCCAAUAUCAUCCCCCUGAGGAACGCUUUCAACGGUACUACGCAGCCUAUAUCUUGGCCCUCACCUGCUUACGAGUUGGACACCGGGAACCCCAGUAACAACGGCUUCAUCAAUCAGGACUUCCUGGUGUGGAUGAGGACGGCGGCCCUGCCAGAUUUCAGGAAGCUCUAUCGACGAAUCACUGAGGGUGAUUAUGCACAGGGUCUGCCAGCUGGAAGCUACAUGCUUGACAUUGAAUACAACUAUAAUGUUCUCAGCUUUGAUGGAAGGAAGAAGGUGGUGUUCAGCAACGUGUCCUGGAUGGGUGGCAAGAAUGACUUCUUGGGCAUUGCCUACCUUGUGGUUGGUUCGAUGUGCAUCUUCAUGUCCAUAGUCAUGCUCAUUGUCUAUGCUAAAUUCAAGUUUCCUGAGGAAGACUGAGUUGUGGACUUUCUAACCCUAUUUACACAACUUUCUUUAUUUUAUCCCCCCCCCCUCCUUUUUUGCACAAUGGCAAGAUGAGAGCACAGUACGGUGUUCAAUCAAAGAGGGUUAUAGAGAAAACUUCAUAUGAACUCAUGUUAUUUUGCACGUUAAGAUGUAUGCUCAGAAGCAGAUGAAGCCUGGUUUUUGACACUCUGAGCCUAUUUUCUGAGUUUUGACACUGGAAUUGCCCCAUGUCUGCAAAAGAACAUCAAGAAAUUAGGCUCUGCUGAGUUGAUAAGCCUGUAAGUUAGCAUAAGAACACAGCCGUGUCUCCUAAUUGUGUGCUUUCUUUAUCAUCAAAAUGAGCUGCCUCCUCACUUCAGGUAAAUAAUGUUAAAGCCAUUGACCCCUUGAUAAGGCCUCUAAUACUGGACAACAAAUGUAUACUUGAGUGUAUGAAAUCUGUAGUUGAUUAGCUUAGAAUUUAUUCAGUCACGUGGGAAUUUUAACUCAGGAAUCUGGUGGACAGGGUGUGCAAGCUACUUUUUUACUUUUAUUGUGUUUUCAAUAUUUACUUUGUGUGGAUUUAUUUAAUAAAAUAACUUCAACCAUCCCUGUGUCAUAUAAUGACAUCUAGGUUCUACGGGCAGCUGUGCUGUCCUUUUAACCAUCAAUGCUAGAUUCCACAUAAAUGUUGCCUUUACAUUAUCAGGGAGGAUUUUAUCCUCCAUCUACUUCUUUUUUUGUGACUUAUGAUGUUUCUAGUUUCUGAUUUAAGCCUUUGAACGGUCUUCUGCAAGCUUUUUGGCUUAGGUGUGUUUUCUUGUCCAACUUCAAGUCUAAGCUACAGAUAGUAUUUUAUACCUGCUGAAUGUGGAUGUUUAGGUUUAUUCAAUUUGUAAAAGAAACAUAUUUUACAUACUAUAUAUUUUAAUGUAUCUAUUUAGUCGCAGGGGUCUGAAAAUUGUUAGUUCAUAUUUUAACAGGAUUUUAUGACCAAAGCAAAAUGCUUUAGAGCAAAUAUUUUCCAUCAAUGUAGACACUUAAGUAUUGUGACCAUUCUGUACUCCCCACUGCAAUAAAAUGUGUAUAUUAACUUUU